UGCAGGCUGCAGCACAACUCGGUGGUCUACCUUUAAAUUAAAUGUUAUCGUAAAAUUAAGACUUUUUCGACAUGGCGGACGAGUUGGAUAGAUUCUACUAUGUGUACAGCUGCGAUUUAAGUGUCAGUGUACAAAUUAAAGUUGGAACACUUGAAGGCAAACGGGACAGGCUGUCCUACAAGUCCCUGAUUGAUGAUCCCCAUCUGCGGUUUUCAGGACUCUACGAGGACAGGUGUUCGGAUCUCUAUGUGACCUGCCAGAUAUUUGCCGAUGGGAAACCCCUAACCCUGCCUACAAGCACAUCAUACAAAGCUUUUAGUACCAGAUGGAACUGGAAUGAAUGGCUAACACUACCAGUGAAAUACAAUGAUUUACCACGAACAGCUAUGUUUGUGUUCACCAUUUGGGAUGUGUAUGGGCCAAGAAAAGCCUUGAAAGUGGGCGGCACUGCAGUUUCACUGUUUGGAAAGCAUGGAACGUUUCGUCAAGGGAUGCACGACCUCAAAGUCUGGCCCGGCGUGGAGGGGGACGGUAGCGUCAGCACCAGCACGCCGGGAAAGAGCGACGACGGACGAGAACAGAUGUCCUCCCUGAGCAAGCUGACCAAGAAACACCACAAGGGCCACAUGCUGAAAGUGGACUGGCUGGACCGUUUGACGUUCAGAGAGAUUGAAAUGAUCAACGAGAGAGAAAAGAGGGACUCCAAUUUCAUGUACUUGAUGAUUGAGUUCCCCAAGGUGCACUACAAUGGCACGCAUGACUUCUCCAUUGUCCACUAUGAUAAGGAUGCUGAGGAAAAGGUGACAAUAAAGAAUUACGCCGACAUUGUUACGGUUCCUGAUCCAGAAAUGUUAAUGGAAAAUCUUGUCGAGGCCAAACACCACACUCUUGCAAGAAGCGAGAGAAGCUGUUUAACCGACAAAGAUCUCAAGCCGAAUGCUUCGACCAGAGAUCAGCUUAAUAGCAUAGUUGCCUACAACCCAACCAAGGUAUUGUCAUCCGAAGAGGCCGACCUCGUUUGGAAAUUCAGAUUCUACCUGACCAAUCAGAAGCCAGCGUUGACAAAGUUUCUGAAGUGCGUGAACUGGGACGUUCCCCACGAGGCCAGGCAAGCCAUCGAACUCCUGAGGAAAUGGAACCCGAUCGACGUUGCUGAUGCGUUGGAGCUACUCUCGCCGCAGUUUAAGAACCCAACCGUCAGGAAAUACGCCGUAAGCCGACUCAAACAAGCUGACGAUGAGGAGCUGUUGCUGUAUCUUCUACAACUAGUACAAGCCUUGAAAUACGAGAACUUUGAGGACAUUAAAAAUAGCCAGGCACCGAGCACAAGCCAGACUACACAUACUGGAUACACGGAGACAGCUGUCCAAAGAGAAAGUUUGAAAAGCAUGCUACCACAUCCUCUUGCCGAAAUCCCAGACAUCCCCAGCUCUGUCACCGUGCAACCGGCGACGUUGUCUCCUGACGUACCUUCUAGAAACAAAGAGGAAGAAAUGGAUCUCGCAACGUUUCUUAUUGAUCGAGCGUGCCACAACUACUCGCUCGCCAACUACCUGUACUGGUACUUGCUGGUGGAGUCAGACGAUCAAGAGACUGUGGAUGCAAGAGUUACCCAGAUGUAUCAGGUGGUGCUGAAGCGAUUCAAUGCGUCUCUGAUAAAGGAAGGGAAUGACGGUCUGAAGUACCGGACACUACUGAUCAGACAGCACGGAUUGACCAAUCAAAUACUGAAGCUCAUGAAGCAAGUAUCAAGAGAGAGUAGUAACAGAAAGAAGAAGAUUGAGCGUUUGCAGUUUCUCCUCAGCGAUCCCGAGAGCACCAGCUUCAACUUCGUCGCCUUUGACCCUCUGCCGUUGCCUUUGCACCCAGAGAUCAAAGUCAACGGAAUCGUUGCGCGCAAAGCGUCCAUAUUCAAGAGCGCCCUCACGCCCAGCAAGCUGACCUUCAAGACGGUCGACGGGGCGGAGGAGUAUACGAUGAUCUGCAAGAGUGGUGACGAUCUGAGGCAAGAUCAGCUCAUACUGCAGAUGAUCACCCUCAUGGAUAAGCUUCUCAGGCAAGAAAACCUGGACUUGAAGUUGACGCCAUACAGAGUCUUGGCCACGAGCAGCAAAAGUGGCAUGAUCCAGUUCGUUGAGUCAAUACCCGUGGCUGAUGUCCUGUCAAAUGAGGGCAACAUACAGAAUUUCUUCCGGAAGCACAGCCCAAACGAGACCGCCUUGUACGGCAUCAGCCAAGACGUCAUGGACACCUACGUGAAGAGUUGCGCCGGAUACUGCGUCAUCACCUACCUCCUGGGCGUCGGCGACCGCCAUCUGGACAACCUUCUCCUGUCCAAAAACGGCAAGCUGUUCCACGUGGACUUUGGCUACAUCCUGGGGAGGGAUCCCAAGCCCCUGCCCCCGCCAAUGAAACUGAGUAAAGAGAUGGUUGAGGGGAUGGGGGGAGCAUCCAGUGAACCGUAUCAGGACUUCCGGAAACUCUGCUACACGGCGUUCCUUCACUUGCGCAGACAUUCCAACUUGAUACUGAACCUGUUUUCGUUGAUGGUCGAUGCCAAUGUGCCAGAUAUUGCUCUGGAGCCUGACAAAACAGUCAAAAAGCUUCAGGAUAAAUUCCGGCUUGACUUGACCGACGAGGAGGCAGUCCAGUACAUGCAGAACCUGAUCGACGUUAGUGUGGGGGCCGUCUUUGCUGCGGUUGUCGAACAGAUCCACAAAUUUGCACAGUAUUGGAGGCGAUAAUUCCUACAGUUGGCUGUAACUGUUUGCAGUUCUUCCUCAUAAUCUUUCAAGUUCUUCACGUGAGGUACAACAUGAUGUUUGCAAAUCUAAGCUCUUCAACAUUAGUAUUCGGGAAAUAUUCCUUUUUGUAAACACAUAUUCCGACGUAAUUAGCUUGCACAAAACUGUAUUUAUGUCUCUUGAUUCUUUUCAAAAAGUUUCCCAGUUAUAUUGAACAUUACUGAAUUCUUUGGAAAAUGCAUUCAUAUUUUCAAUUUUGUGUCACCGAGAACGCCUCGCAACUGCAUUCAAACAUCAAACAAUAAAAAUCUUGUCGGUAGUUCUGGUCAACUGGUUCCUGCCGUGCCCUAAUAAUGAAAAACAAAUUUAUGAAAUUUAAGGAAAGCCCAUUUGGAUGAGAGACAUGCUGACAUUGUUUCCCAUUGAAUGAAAGUUAGCACCCUCCUGUGGCGUCACAAUUUUGGUUUUCCUCGACAUAAUUCUGCACGAAUGGAGCACAGCUGAUGUUCACGUGAAGACGUCAUUGGUUGAGUGAAUUCAGAUUAAAACUAGAAAGUACUCAGAGAGCGCAAACCUCUGCCAAGGCUUAACAAUUCCCCACCAUAUUGUCAGUACAAGCAAAAGAAAUACUCGCAUAAAUGGUGAAGCAUCCUUAAUAAAAUCCUGGAUCCAAACCCAGAUCACUUCCAAAAUCUAAUCGAUUUGUACUUGUACCAAGGACCACCUCUAAAAUAUUUUUCAUGAAAAACAUCCGUAACUUUUCGAGUUAUCUUGUUUACAGACAAACCAACCAACCAACAAACUAACCAAAACCAAAAACAACCCCAUAAACCUCCUUGGCGAAGGAAUUAAGUCGUGCAUACUUCGCACCAUAUGCACACAAACCAGUACAUGAACGAAAGUGGUAAUAAAAGCCCACAUGUGGUAGCGCACGGAGCAAAUACCUUAUCUGUACCGUAAGUGCCCGCAACUUUAGUUUUAGUACUUGUGUACAUCACUGUACUUGUUCUAUUAUCAUGUUUGUAUAUUACUGUAUGUUAAAGCAAACAAUACCAGAAAUUGCGUGCAAUUUUAAAUGAUUGAUCAAGUUUGUAUUAGGGCUGUGCAUAAUCGAAUAAUGUAUUAUUCGAUUAUUGAAACUUAGUUUCAUUCGAAUAUUUGGAACACACAUGCCAGGCUAAACUGCAUGUGUCAGUCAAAUAUUGCUUGUGGCAGUCAGGCGCAUGCCUUUGCUAAUGUUUGCAAGCAUUGAUCGGAAUUAAAUGAACCAAUGAUCAGGAUUUGCGUGAAAAUUGAGCUUAAUAAAUUUUAAGACCAUCACGUGUGUGUCUUUAAGUGAUACUUGGAAUACGAUUGACAUCACGCGUGUUUAUCUUCAUCUUAUAGAGACAUAAGAGCUAUAUUAAAUUACUAGAGUGCUAACUCGAUGUACAAAGUAAUGCCUGAUGGGCGCAUCAAUGUUUGUACAUAAACCUAUGGAGAACUAGAAAUUUUGUAUGUAUUUUGUACGUCUAUUUGCAUAUCUUCAUUUGAAAAAUGGCCGCUGUUAAUGGACCGAGCCGAAGGUAUUUAUUAAUUCAGUUAAAUGUAACAUAUAUUGACAUACCUCAUAUGAAAGCACUGCAGCACAUUUAACAAUCAAGAAGAUUACAUUGGACACAAAAUCUGAAUAAAGAAUAUUAUGUGCAUAAUAUUAUAGUUUAUGUAUUAAGGAGUUAAACCAAAUGUGCAUGGUUCCGUUUGAAUAAGAAGAGACUGUGGAGUACAGCCUACAGAUAAUACACAAAGACGAACACUGAGGCCAAUUUACAAACGACGGUCAAGACUGGACACAACUUAAUGUUGUGACUAUGAAGACUAAGUUGAAAACUAAGAGAAGAAAUGAAGAUCCGCCAGCAGAGAAGAUGAUGAAAGGAAGCGAUGCUACUUAAUUUGGCAGAAGGAGUCUUUUGUCUGAGUAUUUGAAUCGACCCUUUUUGUGGUUGAAAAGCAAUCACUAUAUCUUGUAAUUGUUGUGACCCUAAUUGCUUCCAAUCUGUUUCUACUGAGAUUGGCAAAAAAAGUAUUUAAAUGAUCUAAUGAAUUUGUCACACAUGUAUAUUUUAUGGAACUUUUUUUUUCCACCGUUCGUAAUGUAUAGCAAUUAAUGGGAAUCAUCCACAAAGCCAGCUUACCAUGUAAAUAACUGGAUUUCUUCCGUACUGUUUAUAGUGGGUGGAUGAUAAAAUAAACCCCCAAACCAAAA